GCAGAGCGGAGCUGCAUGGCCGUGGCUGAAGGCGGCUGCCGCGCGGCGGAGCGGUGCGCUGCGUCCUCGUACCCCUUCGCCGCCCGGGCGCCUCCUUCGCCCUCCUCCACCUCCGGGACCCCCGCUCCGGAGACCGGCGGCAGCUCCCGGCCCGCCCCGCGGCACCUCGGGGCCGCCCCCGCUCCCGGCCGGCCCGCCCGCCGGGAGGAGGACGUCCCGCCGUCGCUCUCGCUGCCUCCGGACUCGGAGCGGCCGCCGGCGAUGUACCAGACCUUGGCCAUUUCGGCCUCGCAGGGCCCCGCGCCCUACGACGGAUCUCCGGGCGGCUUCAUGCACUCCGCGCCCAGCUCGCCCGUCUACGUGCCCACCACCCGCGUGGGCUCCGUGCUGCCCACGCUGCCCUACCUGCAGGGCGGCGGCGCGGCCCAGCCCGGCCACGCUCCGGCCGGCCACGUCUGGUCGCAGCCGGCGGCCGAGAGCCCCUCGUACGGCGCCGCGGGCGGCGCGCACCCCUCGGGCCGCUUCCCCUACUCGCCCAGCCCGCCCGUGGCCAACGGCGCCUCGCGGGAGCAGUACGGCGGCGGCCUGGCGGCGAGGGAGCAGUACGGAGCGCUGCCGCGGCCGCUCAACGGCUCCUACCCGGCGCCCUACGCCUCCUACGUGGGGCCGCAGCUCGGCCCUGCCUGGCCCGCUGCGCCCUUCGAGAACUCCGUGCUGCACUGCCUGCAGGGCCGCGCCGCGCCUAUCCCCGUGCGGGCUCCCAGCGCAGAGCUGCUGGAAGACCUCUCUGAAAGCCGCGAGUGCGUCAACUGCGGCUCCAUCCAGACCCCGCUUUGGAGGAGGGAUGGCACCGGGAAUUACCUGUGCAACGCCUGCGGGCUCUACACCAAAAUGAACGGCCUCAGCCGGCCCCUCAUCAAGCCCCAGAAGAGAGUGCCCUCGUCGCGGCGACUCGGCCUGUCCUGUGCCAACUGCCACACCACCACCACCACCCUCUGGCGCCGGAACGCCGAGGGCGAGCCAGUCUGCAAUGCAUGCGGCCUCUACAUGAAGCUUCACGGGGUUCCCCGACCGCUUGCUAUGAAGAAAGAAGGAAUUCAGACAAGGAAACGAAAACCUAAGAACAUAAAUAAGUCAAAGGCAUGCUCUGGUAACAGUACUACUGCAGUUCCUAUGACUCCAACAUCCACGUCUUCUACUAACUCAGAUGACUGUAGCAAAAAUGCCUCCCCAAGCACACAGCCGGCAGCCUCGGGGGUCAUCUUCAGAUGUCUUCUUCUCUUCAACGUGACCUCACUGCUGCUCUGAAAUCCUUGUGUCAUGUUGUGUGGAGUUAGUCUCUUAGAGCGCCAUGUCCAAAGGGUUUCUGAAAUGGAGUCCAUGCCUUGAUAUGUACUUGUGUGCCAAAGGUGCUUUCAUUUCUGUGCCCAUUUAGGAUAGGUAAAGCUCUCUCAAAUCCCUCAUGGGCCUUAGGGGCCUGGGAAGAGGAAUUUCAGAAGCUUGAGCUAGUAAGGUAGUCAGAAGCAACUCAACAUGUACACUACAUCAGCAGUGCAGCUCAACUUCUGCAAGUCACACAAAUGUGAACACUAACAUCAGUAAGAUUUCUGGUGGGAGCUGCACUUGAGUUGAGACUGAAAAAACAAUAAGUGCCAGAAACUGUGGGUUUGAAGUUCUACUUUAAGCAAGUAACUUUGCUGGCAGCAUGAUGCUCAAUAUCUACUUUUGCAGACGAGUUAAUGUGAGACUCAGCUGGACACAGAGAUAUGAAAUAUAGCAAAGGUGACAAAGUUAUCUCUGCUCUUGCUUAUUGCUUGAAUUCAUUUCCAGUGUUUAUAAGACAAAGAAUAGUAUUCCAACAGAAAAAAAAAAAAAAAAAAGAAAAAAAGAAAAAAAAAGAAAAAAAAUUAAAAAACCAAGAGACAUGUAAUUCAGUAGCGCAUAUGAAAAAUACUUGAACAGACGAAUGGUGUUUAGUUUAGUUAAUAUAGCUAUCAUUAGUGAACCACAAUGCAGACAUUUUUUAAAAGACUGCAAUCACCAUGACAGCCUGAUAACAUUUAGUCACAUCAUUUCCGAAUAUGAUUAUCCUUCUGAAACCCUUUUUUUUUUUUUUUUCAUGAAAACAGAGGGCAGAUUUGAAGUCUGUGGUUUGUUCUCAAGAAAGCCUGUUUGCUCUCUCUUUGAAAAGCACCAUGAUAUAGUGGGAAAAGCAGAAUGGGGGGAUUUGUAUUAAAAUUUUCACCCAAAAUUCAAGGAAAAUCUUGCUAUCUUACACUGUAAACUGUAACUGAUUUGCACAUAUUAUUUAGACUGCAGGCCUUACUUUCAGGGAUCUUCAUCCCAGUGCCACAGUACUGUAGUGGGGACAAGGGCAAUCCAUGCAGGACCUAAACGAGACGGAGAGCAAGAUCUGUGGGGAUAUUCCUUCUCAUGAUCUUUCUGUAGCACAGACAUCUGCUUGUGUCAAUCUGCUGUACACUUUUGGAAUAAUCCAUGAGCAGAACAGUCUGGCCUACGUACUGAGCUAUACCUGAAAGUCUGAGAAGCUCAGAGUGCCUUGGGAUGGUGGACAACAUGUCAUGGCAGGGUGCAAUAAAGUGUGUAGUUCUGCUGGAAGGAGUAGGGGGGAUACUGACUUUUUGCCUUGCAUUCUGCAUCCAGUCCAGGCCAUGGCCACAGUGGUACACAAGCCCCCAGCAAUCCUUGCUCCAGUGGAGAGAUGGUUCCCUGCCUUUGUUCUUGAAAGCCUCGCUCACCUUCUGAACUAAACUAGGAGUACAGUAGCCUAUGUCCUCUUGCAGCUAGCAUAGCUAAGUGAAGUUGCAUGAUAAAUAGGUUGAAUUUAGUGGUGUCCUCUACUGUUUUACACUGAUUUACUAUCAUCAUCUCAGGCACUGCCAAAUUAUUAUUUUAUUGGGAAGGAAAAUAGAGGUACCACAAAGUGACACUUAUUCCUUGGAAGAAUUUGGCAGGCAGCCGCGAUAAGAAGGACUCGGUGGCCCGAGCCCGAUCCUCCCAGUGGGACCGCUGCAGUGUGAGGAUUCCCUUACUAGGAUGUAGUAGAAGCAGAGCCUGCAGCCCCUUGGCUUGCCUCUGCAGCAUCCACUUAGCUUAACUGGAUGAAACACUUACAAACUGAUCUGGAUGAAACACUUACAAACUCCAAAUCUGUGCAAACGUGCAAUCAGCAGCAUAAUUAAUUGUGCUUUUCUGACAGAAGUUGUUGCAAAUAGAUAGGUUAAGCACUGGAAGUGCUGCUCCAGGCGGGAUGGCUGCUGGCAAAGUCCAUGGCUAGGAAUUUGCAGAAAGCGAAGGAGAGAGUAUGCAAGGGCUGUCAAGCAUCAUUUGGUCUGUGAGUCCAAAUUAAUUGAAUUGAUAUUCAGGGGGAAAGUGGUGCAUUUUUAUUGUCCAAAUGAAUCUGGAUGAAAAACCCAAUCCCAUGGUUUGAAUUCAGAGUGGUUUUGAUUUAGGGAUUUGCCUUGAUUUAUGAAGACAGGGGGCCAGUCCCCUUGAAUAUAUACUUGGCACUGAGAAUUUGCACCAUUAUUUCUGACUUAUCUUGGGCCACACAAGGCAAAGCUCACACCCAUAGCUUGUUUUCCUUGUGAUCUGGGUUCGAUUCCACUCUGUGGGAAGCUGGUAGCAGUGCUGGGCUGAGGAGACACUCUGAACAGCCACCCUGCUCCCUGGUUUCAGACAAUAAGAUGAGGGGCAUGGAGAUUCCCUAGGGACUGUUCACAUUCGUAUCCUGACUGCAAAACCACCCCAAUGAGAGUUCAGAUGUGAGAGGGUGAAAAGGUUCUGAGUGGGGCUGUUGCCUGGAUAAGGCUGUGAGGCUCUCCAUAGAAUGUGACCUACAGAGCCUAGGCCUGGUGUUUUCCAGAGGAGAUGGUGGACGCCAGGCAGGGGUGAUUCUAAAUCACCUUCCCUGGAGGACGCCAGCACCCUACUGAAGUGGAGUUUCAUGCUGGAGUGGUGUUUGGGGGCAUGCAAUACUGGCAGUGCGGCUCCACGCCAGGCACCAGCCUGAGCUCUCAGAGAUGCUAAGCUCCACUUGGCCUCCACGUGGGGAGAGCGGGAAAAAGGGCCAAGACUCCUUAUCUCUUAUUUCAUCACUUUAUUGCAAUAUUGCGGCUGAUUAAGUACUUGAGAAUGACUCUCCAUUCAGUUUUGGUUUUGCAAGCUCCUUAGGGACAGGUCCUUGUACCCUAUGUUGCUCCAUUUCAGAAUGAAUAAAGGAAGCGAUGUUAAACUGCUGUUUAGGAAUCACAAUUAUGAAAACCCUAUUAAACUAUUCAAAAGGCAGCUUGAGCUGCCAUGCUCACCUUUUUUGUUUUGUGACGAGAAAAAUCUUUGCUCCUGAGCUGUGGAGGAAAAUCCAGCCCACAACUGCAUGUUUCAUAGGAGUUAUAAACUCUGCAAGACAAGUGACUGUAAUGGAAACAAAAACAACCCUGUAAUGGUAGCAGGUGCAAAAUGAAGCAGUACAUUAAAAAUAGCCUGGCCGCAUUCCCCAGUGGCAUGAGUUCUCAAUGCACAUCACUCCGAAAUAAUCCAUUUAUCCUUUCUCCCUAUGGUUACAGAGAGCCAUACUCUAUAGCUCUGUGCUAUGCGUGCUGGGGAUCUGCUGCAGCCCCCAUCAAGACUGCCUGUACCCUCCUUCUAGCACUGUGCACAGCGUCAAAACCCUUUCUCUGUCUUCUCCUCACUGCAGGUAGGGAAUGACGGCAAAAGAAGCAAAUGUGCUUCUUCAGGUUCUGAUAAGUGCUGACUUAAUUGCUAGGAGAAUAAUGUUAAAUUAAUUCGUGUUUUGUUGAGGGUAAAUUUGACUCUGGGGCUGUUUGUACUGCAGGACUUAGCAAUCACAAGCUGCUCUGGAGCUCUGAGGGCUGACAAAGGCACAUUUAAAUAGCCAGCUUUCAUUGAGCAAAGCCUGGCCUUCACAAGCUGCACUCAGCACUUCUGCACCUCUUGGCUGUCGCUGCUUCUCCAGGCCCAGAUCCUUUACUUCUGCCUCAUCAGUCUCUUUCUUUAGAGCUGCUUUGUGGUGUCACCUCCUUACAUCAUGGGAUCAUUUUUUCUUCUCCAGUCUUGUAUUUCCAGUCUCAGAUUCAGGCUGGGUGACUCGGAAGCAAUACUGGCUGUGCAUACAGCCCUGGUGCCAUCGCCACCGAGCACAGCCUUGGGGCCCCUGGCUUUGGUGGGCAGACACCUGACUUAUUCCAAGUGAUUUCAUCUGUAUCAAAAAAGUUCAGGCAGAAAAGUUGCAAAUGGGGUUAUUUCUAUGCUAGUCAUUAAGUAAAGGCAAAAAACUAAGAGACAACAUUUUAAUAUCGUUAAUAAAAACAGCCUUUGAAAGUUU